UAAGACCAGAAACCAGAAUUGCCCCUGGAGUGCAAUUUUUCUCAAAAAUGUCUGUGUGUGAAAGAGCUCACAUGGCAGCCGAAGACGAUCAUGACCAGGUGGGGUCUCUCUUUGUCUCCAAUGGACCCACUGCAGGAAGGCAAAGAGCAGUGAUGACACCCAGGGUGGACCGCACCCCCUGCACCCGCCCUUCUCCGCAGACCAUCUUCAUCAUCAUCCUCAUUGUCAUUAUUGUCAUCCUCAUUAUUCUCCUUGGCACUGGAGCUGUCUGUUCUUGUAAGGCGCAUGCAUGUCCAUCUGGUUGGAAAGCCUACGAGCAGAAAUGCUACUACUUUUCAGAUGUGGAAAAGAACUGGACCCUCAGCCAGAGCUUCUGUGCUUCACAGAAGGCCUCCUUGGCUGUGUUGGAAAGCGAGGACGAAAUGCACUUUGUGAUGGGUCUAAAAGGCAAGAAUUCCUUUUGGAUCGGUGUCAGCAGAGAGCCAGGACAGUGCAGGAAAUGUCUCCAUGGAAACAGCUCGGCGUUGGAUGUCAGUGGAAAUGAAGGAAACUGCCCCUCUCUGCAUGACGAACCCAAACCCAACUUCUUAAGAUGCAGCAAUGAACACCACUUCAUCUGCGCCAAAACUAUGUAAGAGGCUGGAGCAGUGCCUGGUGUGAACCACACAGAGUUGUUGGAGCCAGCCGUUACAAAAUGGUGCUGUUUAGCAUAAAAUAAGGACACAGAGAGCCAGCAAUAUUUUCAUGGAUGGAGGGCAGCUCCUUUCCAGCUUCUUCUCUCCUCUCCAGUACCUUUUAUUAUCCUUUGUUCUCUCUCUAGCCGCAUGGCCGUUUGCCAAUGUCUCAUAUUACCUACAUCCGGUCAUGGCUUAAACCCACCCAUCGCCAAAUAAUGUUAUACUGCCCGGGGGGGGGGGGACAUAGCUCCAUACAAGGCUAUGCUCUUAAUACAUUCCAAUACAUUGUAAAGCUCAGAGUGCUGGUCAGCCGAGGUCAGGGGGCACCCUGCAAUAUUACAAGCCUUUACCGUGGCUUUAUGACUCCCACACAGAGUGAUAUUUAUAUAAACUAUUUUCUGAUUCAUAUUCUAUAGCCUUUUAAAUGUGUUUUCGUUUUUACAUUCAGCCCUGUUCUUAAGGGUUCGGGGCCUUACGGAAAGAAAACAGCAGGCGUAUCUCAAGCCGUUCUGAGGUGAUGAGCUAGUAGUGCCUGUAGUUGCAGCUGCUUCCUGACUCAACUUGCCCAUUGAGCAAGUUCUGACCUUUCAACAGUCAUAUGCAGCAGGGGGUGAAACCUGCAGUUCCCAGAAUUGCUAUCCUGCACUUGCUAGAACAACUCACAUCUGAACCAGUGGCACGCCUUCCGUGGACCAGAGGGACUAGCUUAGUCCCCUGUGUUUCUGGUAAAAUUAGACACACAAACAUCUGUGCUUCAUUUCCAGAAGAAACCCUUCCUCCUCCCUUCACCUUCUUGCUUCUCCCCUCCUCCCUCCUUCGACCUUACUUUCCGGAGCCUCUUCUUUAGCCCGCUCUAGCCAAGUCGGAGGGGCUGCGCUCCUUGCACGGCAGAUCCGAGGGCGCAUCCUCCUGGUGGCGCAGAGUAGCGGGCGCAUACUCAGAUGCAGAGGGAAGCGGCUCCUUCAACUGAGUUCCUCUACCACCGGUGCUAUUAUUCUGCCCUCUGCGUACUUUACAAGGCACAGAGGCGAGGCAUGCUCUUUAGCAGGCUGCUUGAGACUACAAUUCCCAUCAUCCCUGACCACUGGUCCUGCUAGCUAGGGAUCAUGGGAGUUGUAGGCCAAAAACACCUGGAGGGCUGAGUUUGACGAAGCCUGCUCUUUAGCAUGGAAAGGGACUUGGUUGAAGGAGCUGCUUCCCUCCACGUCUAACCACGCGCCGCCAGAACUGUUGCUUGCGGCAGUGUGUAUUGAUUUAUCUUUUUUUCCUUUUCCUUUUUUUUUACAAGGGAAACGAAUCACGUGAGCAUCCCUGAGAUCUCCCCUGCCUUCUAUGCAUUGCUUCCCCCCCCUCGUCUCUCGCACCCCCCAAUGCUUUUGCCUCCGCCUCUAUUACUGCUUGCUGGGGGCUGCUGUGUGUGUCUCUGUGUGUACUGGUGCCAGCGCCUUCUCUGACCCCAGGCGCAGAUUUUUGAGGUGGCGUGCAAAGCAGGCAUCCCCAUGCGGGCGCCCCGGGAGCCGGGUGCAAGAGACUCGGAGAAAGAGAAAGAGAGCAGAGGAGAAUGUCAGAGAGAAAGGGCUCUGCGCAGCUGCCGGGAGGGCGAGGGAGGGACGGAGGGUGGUGCCAAGGGGAAAUCAGCACGGUCAAGCCUGCGCGCCGCUUUGCUUUUUGUUUUUAAAUCAUUUUUAUUGAUUUUCCAAUAAAUACAGCCAGUCAACAUGUCCACGUCAUAAUCUAUUUAAAAACAACAAACUAAAAUAAAAAAGACCAAAUUGCAACCCAAAUUGUAAUUAUUAAUUUUUCUUAGUCUGGACCUCUGAAGCAUAUCUCCAAAUCUUCAAUCCUGCCUCCUCUUGUUGUU